GGCAGCAUGCGUUGAUUGCGUGUGUGUGUAAAUAAAGUAAACGUCCGUAGAGCGAAAACGACUUUGGAAUUUAACGGUGUCGUGGCUGUAUUUCUUGUCGAUGUGGCGUAAAGUAGAACAUAUUUGAAGUACGACGGUGUAUCACGUCAAGCGGCCCAGUGAGGCAGAUACUCAAAAUGACCAAGAGCCUACUGGGGAAGGUCUCAGAGUCUGUAAACUGAACACAAGGAGACCAUGCACCUGAACCACUUCUUUCUCUGGAAGAAGACAUAAACAAAUCCAGGCUUAUGUUUGUGGGAUGCCUUCAUGUGUUCCUGUAUAGUCUGAAAACCGCACCAGAUGUACUGGACACGAAAGUUCGAAAACAAACUAAAGAACCUCAAAUGCACUAAAGACCCCAUGUCUUCAGUCAAGAGAGUUUCACGUCUCUCCAGGCGGGCUAAGAGACAGUUGUAUUGUAAAUUACAGAUGUGGAUGUGGAGGAGGCAACAAGGGAAUUGCUGUUUUGCCUUUUUUCGAGGUAAAAGAUUCACGCAAGGGAGGCGCACCAGUCUUUCCUGUCUCAACAGAAAACCGCAGAGAAAUAAAGGACACUUUCACUUGUAUCCCUCACCAAUUCUAGAACAUUCACAAGUCAAAACAGCCAAAGUUGAAUCGGAUCCUAAAUGUGCUAGUGAAAGUUCAGAAGACCCUCGUAAAAAACAGACUCCCCCCGUGAAAACAAGUGAAACAAAGCCUUUCUUGCCAAUGUGCCCAAUGUUCAACUCUGUGGAGGUAAGCCUAGGCAACAUCGCUCAAACUCGAGCAAGGGCACCUCCUCAAGGAACAGAACCCCUUGUAGAGUUGAGGGAAUUUACAGAACUGUCACUCACUGGGUUAGAUUCACGUGUUAAGAUUCCUGAUGAUGACCAAGCAGGAGAAUGCACUGCUUCCUUUCUGGAACCAACUCCAAAUGCAGACGUCAAGAUCUCUAGCAAGAGCACAAUACACCCUCAAACGGAUGUUUGCCUAACAGUAGUGACAAACAGCAUCCAUGAUUAUCUUGACGACUUCUUCAGAAUGUAUGGAACGUUCAUACCACUACAGAAGAGUGACGUGUUGAGACACCUGACGAAAAUGUUUAACGCUGAUUUCACUGACAGGAAAAAUUUCAUCUUGAAGGUUAUCAAAUGCAGAUUUGCUGCCGCGCUGUGGGAGCCUGUACCUUCCUUCCGAGUGGUCUUCAAGAAGCACACCCUAACAUUGGAUGAUUUGUCCACACUGGGGCAUGAGAAUUGGCUGAACGACCAGGUCAUGAACAUGUACGGGGAACUGAUUAUGGAAGCUUCACAACACAAGGUCCAUUUUCUCAACAGCUUCUUCCAUCGACAGCUCAUGACCAAAGGCUAUGAUGGUGUUAAGAGAUGGACAAAGCAGGUGGAUUUGUUCUCCAAGACUCUGCUGUUGGUGCCCAUUCACCUGGAGGUUCAUUGGUGCUUGGUGACCGCAGACAUUGCCAGAAGGAAGAUCUGUCUCUUUGACUCUCAAGGGAAUGCACUGCGCAAAGUUGCACGGAACAUCUUGAAGUACUUGGUAACAGAAGCAACAGAGAAGCAACGCGCAUCGUUUGUAAGUGGCUGGGCCAUGUCAUUCGACGAGAAAGUGCCACAGCAGACCAAUGAAAAUGACUGUGGUGUUUUUGUCUUGGAGUAUUCCAGAUGCCUCGCCUUGGCUCAGCCGCUGCAUUUUUCACAGAGGGACAUCCCAAAGAUCCGCAAGCGGAUCUACAAAGAGCUCUGUGAAUGUAAGCUCCGUGAACAGGCUCACUAACAGACACGUACAGUAUGUACUCGGAUGCUAUACUUAAGAAAUCAUCAGUCCACGUUCAGCUGUCUCGCAGCGCAACCCGAGCAACUUUUUACAAAAUACAAUGCUAAAUCCUCAUACGUAUUGCCGUAUUUCAAUUUUCUAUAAUCAAAUGGCACGUUGUUUAACAAACAUGUCCUCCUGUUUGACUUGACUGCAAGGUUGCAGGCAACAGUGCACCACACGAGCCUUAAUAUACUCUCACAACUGCAAUGAUCCAAUAUUGAAGGUUUCUUUCUAUGGUUUUGUAUUAUUUAUUUAAAAAAAAACGUUGCCUGCUGAUAGCAGAUGACACAAAGUAAUGGAUGUUUUGUUUGUGAAGAUACAAAUUGAUUUAUUUUUUUGUAAAAUUAUAAAAGUGCAACAAUUUAAGUAAAAAUAAAUGUUUUCAAAGACGUUUAUUCUGUGUAUUCGUCAUACGAGUCAGGUAGAGUGUGCACACAAUUAGUUGUAAUUUAUAAUUUUUCUAGCUAUAAAGUCUAUAAAGCAGCGCUCCUGAUUCCAAAGAGGAGCACAAGGCACAAGAAAAACUGAGGUUUUCCGUAUGAUAACCAGAAUCAAAUGUUUAUACUGGAAAAAGUACAGUAUAUUGACUUACACAUAGAACUGUUC